AUGGCUCAAAUUCUAGAAACGUUGGCGCCAGAGGCUGAAGAGCCCCUAUUCCCUAUCGAUGAGACUAUCGAGUUGAUUUGGCCCACCAUGUUUAGUGGUCAGGCCAUCUUAUGGACCUGUCAGCUUAUCAAGAACAUCAACCACAUGCUCAUGUCUAUAAAGCCUCCAGAACUUCCAGCUUAA